AUGGCUGAUCCCGCCUCUUCCCGCCCACGCCCGUCGCUGGGCCAAAUGCGAAGCAACUCAUUCUUACAGGAUCACCAGCAAUACAAGCCCCCCGUCAACCAGACAAUUGGGGAAGUUCUUGCUGCGUUGCCAGAUGAAGCCGCGCUGAACAACCCUAUCAAGCCCGAUCCAGAGCGCGUCACCGACAGUGGAAUUAUCCAUAGUUUGUUCAAUCACCAUCCCAAUCCACUUCCCCAGGGUACCCCGCGUAUUGUCGCAACCAUUUUCUACAAGUCCGCCAGUCCUGUCCACCCCCACUAUCACCCCGACGCAUCCCCUGCUCUGCGUCCGGGAAACAAGCUUCCGUCGCCACAAAUCCCCUCAGGCUCAGCUCCGUCUGUGGACAUCGAGAAACUUCCUCGCGAACCGCCCGCGCGAGAACCCGAACCGCUGGACCAUCUGUACGGGCCAUAUGUCUCGCAGCUAUGUUUGACAAACUUCUUGCAAGUGCUAGAGUCUCUUCCUACCCCUUACCAGCGAACAUACACAUCUCACAGGUGUCUUGACCGUGAGGAACAACCGCAUGUUGUCGAGGUUACAUUCUCCCCACCCCCAGACCCAGCCUAUCUCUCAUUUGACGACCUGCGCAAACAUGAGAGCAUCUGGCGCUUCGAGCGUGAGUGGAACGUUGAAGUGGUGCUACAGCAGGAGAGUGUCUUCCGUCGGCACAAGCGCUUGGCUGUGUUUGAUAUGGAUAGCACGUUGAUUGAGAAUGAGGUCAUUGAUGAGAUUGCCAAGUUUAUCGGUGUAGAGAAGGAGGUCUCGGAAAUCACUGAGCGUGCCAUGAAUGGCGAGCUCGAUUUCUCUGCAUCAUUGAAGGCGCGCGUGAGCCUGCUCAAGGGGGUCCCGGCCGAUGUCUUUGACAAGCUCAAGUCAACCUUGACAAUUGCAAAGGGUGCCCGUGAGCUUUGCCGCGCUCUGAAAGCCCUCGGGUUCAAGAUGGCCGUACUCAGUGGUGGAUUCCAGCCUCUGGCUGAGUGGCUAGCUGGUGAACUUGGCUUGGACGUUGCUGUUGCAAAUCACCUUGAGAUUGACCCAGUAUCACAAACCCUGACCGGCAAGCUCGUCGAAUCGAAGCCCAUCAUUGACGCUACUCAAAAGCGCACUCUCCUCAAAUCGAUUGCCGCAGAAUACAACAUUCCCAUUUCGCAGACCAUCUCCGUGGGCGACGGCGCCAAUGAUCUUCUCAUGCUGCAUGCAGCUGGCUUGGGCGUGGCAUGGCGCGCCAAGACCAAGGUUCAGCUCGAGGCUCCAACUCGUAUCAACGGCCAGAGUCUCACUGAUAUUCUCUACCUGCUGGGCUUGGACAACGAAGACAUUGUUGAGCUGUGCUCUGGCGCACAGAGUACAGCUUAG